AUGGAUGACGACGGAUUCGAUCUCUAUGGCGAAGAAAGUUUCGGCGCAAAUGAAGGCACUGUAUGUAUUUUGAAUGAUAUGGAAUUUACUCGAUUUUAUUAUGAUUUACUUAUCAUUGAUCUUUCAUCCUUUCUCAUGAAUCCUUAUUAUGUGUCUGCCUCUUGUCCUUAUCCAACAAAGCAUGAUGACUUGUAUGAUGAGAUACUCGGAGAUGAAGAUGAUCGUCCGACAAAACAAGUCGACGACGAUGAUUUAUUCGCAGAUUUCGGGGAGGUUGACACAAAGGUUCGUAGUUACUUUACAGCGCAGCAGCAAGAAUUUGAGAUCAAAGAGGAAGAAGGGACAUCAUCGUCUAUAAACGCUGUUGAAGGUGAAUCAAGAGUAGAGCGACGCGGUAUAUCUCCCGCGGCGGUUAAUUUUCAGGCUUCAUUACCAAUUGAACAUAAAGUGCAAUCGAACGCAACCAAAGCUUUAUAUCUUGGUGAACUCAAUUGGUGGACAACUGACGAAGAUCUUCGAACAAUUGCUCGUGAUGCUGGAGUGACUAAUGAAUUGAAAGAGAUCACAUUCUAUGAACACAAAGUCAAUGGAAAAUCAAGAGGUGUUGCUUAUGUCGAAUUCACUUCACCGGAAGCCGCAUCAAAAGUCAAAGAAAGAUUAGAAAUUAUAGAAGUAACUGGGAAGAAAUGUGUCGUGAAUUUCACAAGUGCCGAUAAUGGAAAUCCUUUCAAAACCGUCCCUAAAGAACCACCGCCAAAAGCAACCCGACAAGCACAUCAAACACAAUCAGCAGCUGCUACCUCAGUGAGCAGAGGAGCAGCCAGUUUACCUGCUCGUCCAUCUGCAGUGCGUCCUCCUGGUUUCGAAUUCAAUCGUGGAGCUUUUCGCCCUAAUCCGAUGGCUCCAGGUCCUCGAGAUUUUUUCCCACCGCCCAUUUCUCCAUAUGGGGCUUUCCCUGGUGCUAAUCGUGGAUACAUGAACGGAUUUGGCGGUACAGAUCCUUCUUUUGCUCCUAUGAAUCCUAUGAUGGGGCGAGGCGGAAUGAUGGGUAUGCGCGGACAACCAGGUCCCAUACGUCGUGGUAUGAUGCCCGGACGAGGUGCUAUGCGUGGCGUCUAUGGAGAUGAGUUUAUGGGAGGGUUUGGUGGUGCUCCGACAGGUCCUGGAUUUCCUGCACCACAUUUCAAUCCAGCAUUCUUUCCUGAACAAGGUUACGUUAACGAAGAGGUCCCUGUAGCACCACGAGGUCAAAGAGUUUAUGAUGUACCACAUGGGAUGAAGAGACCUCGGGAAGAGGAGGAACACAUGGACGGACGAG